CGUAUAUGCUUUGCAUCCUUCAUUCAAGAGGUAUAUAUAAGCCAUCUACCGUUCAUAAUAUAAAAAAAUAACAAUAUUCAUAUCAAUUAAUCAAGUAUACUCUGCGUUGUCACGACUCAAAGCUGUGCGCUCUUCCGUUUCCGUCUGUGAAACCCUAAUCUCAGAUAACAUAGCUUGUCUUUAUAGUUAGGAUGGCAUCUGGGUCUAGCCAACCCCAGUUUCGAUACACACAGCCACCAUCAAAGGUCCUUCAUUUGAGAAACUUACCAUGGGAGUGCACAGAGGAGGAGCUGAUCGAAUUGGGGAAGCCAUUUGGUAAAGUCGUUAAUACCAAGUGUAAUGUUGGAGCGAACCGGAAUCAGGCAUUUAUAGAGUUAGCAGAAUUAAAUCAAGCUAUUGCAAUGAUAUCGUACUACGCCUCUUCCUCAGAACCGGCUCAGGUACGAGGGAAAACCGUCUACCUACAAUAUUCUAACAGGCAAGAGAUAGUGAACAACAAAACUACAGCAGAUGUAGCUGGAAAUGUGUUGUUGGUUACAAUUGAGGGGAAUGAUGCCCGCCUUGUCAGUAUUGAUGUUUUACAUUUGGUGUUUUCAGCUUUUGGAUUUGUGCACAAGAUUACAACAUUUGAGAAGACUGCCGGGUUCCAGGCUCUGGUGCAAUUUUCUGAUGCAGAAACCGCUACUUCAGCAAAGGAUGCCCUGGAUGGAAGAAGCAUUCCCAGUUACUUGAUUCCAGAACUUGGACCAUGUACGCUUAAAAUCACAUAUUCUGCUCAUACGGAUCUGAGCGUGAAGUUUCAGAGCCAUCGUAGCAGGGACUACACCAAUCCUCACCUUCCCAUUGCUCCCUCAGCCAUAGAUGCAAGUGGUCAGUUCAGUUUGGGUUUGGAUGGGAAGAAACUGGAACCUGAGAGUAAUGUUCUUCUUGCUUCCAUUGAGAACAUGCAGUAUGCAGUUACCUUGGAUGUCCUACACACGGUUUUCUCAGCUUUCGGUCCUGUACUUAAGAUUGCUAUGUUUGAUAAGAAUGGAGGGGUUCAGGCUCUGAUACAAUAUCCUGAUGUACGCACAGCUGUUGUUGCGAAGGGAGCUUUAGAAGGACAUUCCAUAUAUGAAGGUGGAUAUUGCAAGCUUCAUGUCACUUACUCUCGACACACUGAUCUUAGUAUAAAGGUUAAUAAUGAUCGCAGCAGAGAUUACACAAUCCCAAAUACCCCUAUGUUGAAUUCUCAACCUUCAAUCUUUGGGCAGCAGCCUCAGAUAGGAGGUCCAGGUGUUCAUCCAUACGGUGGCCCUGCCCAUUAUGCUCCAGCUCCAGGUGUUGCUCCGCCUCAGCAUUCUGCAGGCUGGAACUCUGCUGCCGCCACAGCAAAUCCAGGAAUGCCAAUGCAGAUGCAUAGUCACCCUUACAUGCCACCUGCUAGUGUGCCUCCUCAGAUGGGCUCCGGGGUGAUGCCAAUGCAUGGACAGAAUGGCAUACCUUAUUCUACUGCAAUGCCUCCUUAUCAUCAACAGUAGCACUAACGUGAAAAGGCUUUUCAUACCAGGGUUCCUUAAUUUUGUUGCAGAGAGAUGUUAACCAAAAUGUGACAAGUCUUUUGGUCCUAACUGCAUAUCUUGGUUCUUUUUGUCUGUCUUUAGCUCUUUUCUUUUGGGUCACUGAAUGGUCCCGUUGCUGCUUUUAGGCACUACAUUGUACAAUAUUCUUGGUCACCUUUCAUCGCUAUGAAUUAUAUUAUGGAGCAAAGGCUUUGAUUUCA